ACCAUCAUGAAGAAGGUGGAGAGAGCAGGCUGGUUCUCCCCCCGCACGCUGAUGGACCACUGUACCAACCUGGGCAUGGUAGUGGACCUGACCAACACUACACGCUACUAUGAUUCCAACGAGUUUUCCAACCAGGGGAUCCAGCACGCCAAGAUCUUCACAGAGGGGAAGGUCGUCCCCAACCAAAAGGUCGUCAACAAGUUCUUCAUCGUGGUGAACAAUUUCCUGAAGGAGAACACAGACAACGAGAAGCUGAUCGGCGUCCACUGCACACAUGGCCUCAACCGCUCAGGCUACAUGAUCUGCAGAUACAUGAUACAACAGCUGGGCAUCCCUUCAGACCAGGCCAUAGCAGAUUACAACAGUGCCAGAGGCCACGAGCAAGAAAGAGAAAACUACUUGACCGAUCUUCGCCAGGCACCCUGGAUUAACGAUGUGGUGCCGACCUCAGACGAUGACGACAAAAACACAGAGGCCACCACCCCAAAUACCUCUAGGAAUGCCAGAAGGCCUUACUUCUACGAUUCUGCCAACAAUAAGGAGAAGGUAAAGGUAAAGGAACAGUAUUGUCCAAGGGCGCUUACCACUCCCAGCAGUGGCCAGGGAAAGAGUUCCUUCAAGGGAGUGUACGACUCUGGCGCAUUCGCGGGGUUGAAGAAGACUGUGAUGGUGACACAGACAGUAGCCCCUGGUCUCAGGCACCAGUUAGAAGGUGGAGUAAGUCUCCGAGACAACGCAGGGGCAGAGACAGGUGGGCGCCAUGGCGGGGUGCCUCGCCAAAAUCAAGUCCCCGCGGCUCCAAGAGACACCAAGCACGCUACUCGCCACGCUUCUCGCCAAAUGGGGCACGGCGGUACUACGACCAGAGUUACCACGGGCGGGUGGCACCACAGUACGACCCCUACUUCUACCAACAACGGGGAUCAGGCGUUGGCCCCCACCGAACAGCACCACGGUGGGCUCGCCAAAACCAGUACGAACAAACAACCCAGGGCAGGCCCAGGCAGUACCGAGGCCCGAGACCAUACCGUUCACCCGCUGCACAUGAAGAACCACCACAAGUUGAAGAACAGCAGCCAAAGACACCAACGGGAGAUAAAAUCCACCCGUCACUCCCAAGGACGCCCUACUGGUCACCAGAAGGACCAGAAGGACCCAAGCGACACACUCUUAGUCCAGGUGCCAAAGACAACGUUUUCAGCCCUGUCACGCCCAAGCGUCGCUCUGCAAGGUGGAACCCUUACUGACAGAGAUGCAUGUUGAGGACAAUUUGAACGUUGCCUACAAAUUUAAAAGAAGUGUAUUUUAGGUAAUAUUUCAUGAAUUUUCGAAGUUGUAGAAUGGUAAAAACGAAGCAUUAACCGAAAUUGCAUAAAAUUGGCUAUUAUGGGUAGGUGGUGGGUGUUGGUAAAACUCCAUACAAAAGCUUCGGUUUAUGAUAAUUUUAAGUGUAUUUAAAAAAAAAGUAUUUUUGUCUGGCAGUAAUCAGUUGAGACUUGCAUUUAAGUAAGUCACAGCUGAAGAUGUUUUUGUAAUCUGCUGUGAAUGGUGUACCCACAUUUAAUAUAAUUUAUAAGAAAAAAUUCAAUAUUUGAGGAACGUGUGUGUGUGAUGAUACCAUAAAGUCGCAUCACACACACACACACACACACACGUUUCUGAUGGUCUUAUCACUCACAUAUUUCUCCAAAUCUUGUGAUAGAUCAAAUGAGAUCUUGUUAAAGCUGUUAUUAUUUUCCGAACUCUUGGUUAAACUAUCCCUCGUAUAUAUUAAGUUUAUGUAACUGUAUUUCUGUAAAUUAAAAUAUAGUUUUUA